AUGUCAAACACUUAUCAUGGUUACAACUCUGAUGAAUCAGAAGACAGUAUUAAACAGUCUCCUACUGGACUGGCUAGCAAGCCAAGCAAUACCCUCGAGGACUGCACUGCAGAGGUUUCUACAGGCAGCAUGACUCAUUCACCUAAUAACUGUAGACAGUCAGCAAGGCAUAAACCAGACACUCAUGAGAACUACAUAGGGGGUGCUAAUGAUUUCAUUAUCAAGUCUUCUGGUAGAGAAAGUAAUAGUUUUAUUGAGGACUUUACAACUGAGGUUUCUACAGACAUCAUGACUCAUUCACCUAAUAAAUGUAGACAAUCAAUAGGGGAUCAACCGAAUACCCACGAUGACACAUCUGAGGAUCAUGUGGGUGAUGAUUUGCCGUCACCUUGCAAACUUGAAAGAGGGAAAUCAAAUGACACCAGCCAAGAAUUCACUGAUGAAGGUUUCAUCAACAAAUCAAGAGAGUCCUCAAGGAACUUAACUUGUACUCAAAAAUAUACAGAUAAAAGUUCUAUGGGUAGCAUCCCCUAUUCACCAAGUAAAACUAAUGGAUCUACAAGGAAUAUAACUAGUUUUCAGGAAUACACAGAACAAGGUUCUAUAGGCAGCAUCACCAAUUCACCAAGUAAAUCAAGAGACUCCACAAUGAAUGUAACUAGCUUUCAGGAAUACACUGCCCAAAGUUCUAUGGGCAUCACAAAAUCACCAAUUAAAAUAAUGGAGCCCAUCAGUAAUUCAAUUAGUUGUCAGGAAUACACAGCACAAGGUUCUAUGGGCAGCAUCACACCCACCAAAUCUAGAGGGUCAACCAGGAAUGUUACUAGCUGUCAGGGAUAUUUACCACAAAAUUCUAUGGGCAGCAUCACCAAUUCUCCUUGUAAAUCUAAAGAAUUCAUGAGAAAUUUAGCUCAUUGUCAGGAGUACACAGCACAAGGUUCUAUGGGCAGCAUCACACCCACAAAAUCUAGAGGGUCAACAAGGAAAGUAACUAAUAGACCGGAAUAUACACCACAAAGUUCUAUGGGCAACAUCACCAAUUCACCAAGUAAAUCUAGAGGGUCAACCAGGAAUGUAACUAACUCUCAGGAAUAUACACCACAAAGUUCGAUGGGCAGCAUCUUGCCUAAUAAAUCUAGAGGAUCCACAGGGAAUGUAACCACUUCCGAUGAUGAAAUGAUAGAAGGAUUGUUCUAUGCCUGUGAUGAGAAGGAGGAAGGUUGGGUGGAAGUUUCCAGUAUAGUGGAAUAUCUGACUAAUACCAACAACUCUACUGGUCCAGAGACUGAUGAUGCUAUAACCAGACUGGAGACACUACUCAACCCUGGCAGUCUGGCGUGUAAAAUGGUUGACAUGGAAACCUGUAGGCUAGCUAUCAGAUGCUGGAUUAAAGAAGUUAGAAAUGGACUGGGUAAUCCGAGUGUUGAAGAAAUAUUAAACAGUCCGAAGAAUUCUCCCCGUCAUAGUAAAUUAUUUGCUGGUAAUGAGAGUCUACGAGCAGCGGCGCCUGAGAAGGUUUAUACUGCUAGCCCAUUAGUUGACAGUUUAGAUCUAUCAAGAAUAAGUUUAGACUAUUCUCUUCUAGAAACCAGUAACAGAAUUCAGGAACAAGAGCUGAGUGAAAUGUUGAGUAAGAUUUACGAUUUGCAAAAUCAGAAUCUUGAAUUAAUCGAAGAGAAUUCUAAACUUCAACAGCACCUGGAUGUUCAAGAAGAAAAUGUGGCCACAAUGUCAUUGGAUAAUAAAAACUUACAGAAGAAAGUUCAAAGCCUUCAGAAUAUCAUGGAAGAACGAAAUGAAAUCCUGAGUGAAAAUGAAGAAUUGAAAGUAAAAAUAUUAAAUCUACAAGACACUAAGAAACAUCUAGAAGACAGUAUUAUAAAGUUGGAGAAGGAGAAUACAGAGCUAGAUACAGAGGUGAAAAAUACAGAGAAUAAGAAUGGUUUAACUCUAUUACUGUCAGAACAGAGAGAGACUAAUAUUAAACUAAGAGAGGUGAAAUUAUUACAACAAACACAAAUACAAGAGAAUGAUUUAACUCUAUUACUAUCAGAACAGAGAGAGACUAAUAUUAAACUAAGGGAGGUGAAAUUAUUACAACAAACACAAAUACAAGAGAAAAGUGAGAAAUUAGAGAAACUAGAAAAUUAUAUUGAGGAGUUACAUCAGAUGAAUGAGGAUAUAAGAGCUGAUAAAAGUGGAUUACAACAGGAAUUGAUUCAGGCUCAACAUCAUAUUUUAAGUUUAGAAAAUGGUGAAUUAAAUCCUGAGAAAGAGGAUAUUGAUGAAGAGGAUUGUAGUAUUUCUAUACCCCCCACCCCCACAGCGUACUACCUACCCACAUCUACCCCAGUAUCUAGUCUUUCUAUACAUACACAGCUAUAUAGAACACUGGGCAGUAGUCCCCAUCUUCCAUCUCCAUUAUGUAAUAAAGAAAUAGCUGAUAGUUUAAGACAACUGGAUAAUCAUUCUACUAGUAGUCUUGAUGAAGAGUUAUCCAGUAUUUUAGAUUCUGUUGAACAUGUUAAAAACAAGCCUACUAUUGUCACAGAAACAGCCAAAUUAUUGUCAAGAUCAAGAGAAAAGAGGGAAGAGUUCCUACGAGAAAUUGAUGACCUACUUAACUCCCCUCCAGAAUUAGAGAAAUACAAGGCAGAUAACUCUAGUCAAGAUUUACUGACUAGAAAUACACAGAUAGUUGAAAUCCUGAAAGUUCUAAAAGAAGAGAAUGAGAGAUUAAGAAGUUUGAAUGAUCAAUCAUUAGAAAGUUUAUUAAACACAGAGAAAGAUAUAGAUACAACGUAUGAUAACAGAAUAAUAGUACUGAAAGAUACCUUGAUAGACGAACGUAAACAACAUCAAUUUACAGCUUCACAGUUAAAAACAGUAGAAGACAAUCUGAAACAGAAGGUAGAAGAAAUAGAAACUAAACAGACAUAUUUAGAGUCUUUAGAAAUGAUCAAGUCACAGCUACAGGAACAGAAUGAACAGCUUAAAAGAAUUUUGUGUAUUGUGUAUUUUUCUGUGAGAAGUUUGAUUCAUUAUAGAUAA